CUGGUUGGGAAGGAUCCGCAUCAGAUGCAGGAGUGUUGCGGUCUGCUCUUGGCAAGGGGUUUACUGUGCCGGAUGGUAAAUUCUAUCUUGUAGACGGUGGAUAUGCAAACACACCAUCAUUCCUUGCUCCCUACCGAGGAGUUAAGUAUCAUCUCAGUGAGUUUAGGAGACGUGGCCAGAGGGGAAACGCAUAUGCCAACUACAAGGAAUUGUUCAAUCAUCGGCAUGCGAUUCUUCGAAAUCACAUUGAGAGGGCCUUUGGGGUUCUCAAAAAGCGGUUUCCAAUUCUGAAAGUGGGGACACAUUACCCAAUUGAAUCCCAAGUUAAGAUUCCAGCAGCUGCUGCUGUGUUUCACAACAUCAUUAGAGGGUUGAAUGGGAGUGAAGAGUGGUUUGACUACCUACCUGAUAAUAUCAACCCAUCAGAUUAUGUCGACUUGCCAGAGGGAGACACUAACUACCCAAGUGAGAUGGAAUCAAACCAUGGAAAUAUCCUACGAGACCAGAUAGCCCAUCAGAUGUGGGCUGCCUACAAUGUGUAGGAUAGUAGUGUUAGGAAUAUAAUUUAUGAGUUCUAAGUUAUGUAUUUAUGUAAUACAUUCUGUGAUGCAACAGUCUAUAAUAAGUUCUCCAAUACAUUCUAUAAUAUUUAUUGCAGCAAUGUCGAAGGAAAGGGCUACAUGGAACUCUAGAUAUGAGAAAGGGCUUGUUGACAUUAUGAGAGAUCAUGUGAAUAUCCCGUUGUUCAGGGGUCAGAAUGGAUGGACCGUAGAGGGUUGGAGAAGUAUCUCUGAGAAGUUUACCCAAAUGUAUCCUUUAGCACGCUUCACAAAGCAGCAACUGCAAGAGAAGGAGAAGGAGCUAAAGGGCAGCUGGAAGGCAAUACAUGUAGCAAGAAAGGAAAGUGGUGUUGGCUGGAAUGACACAUUGGCCAUGGUCAUUGCGGAACCAGAAAAAUGGAAGAAACUUAUCAGUGAUAAUGCAAAGAUGACUAAGUUUCAGAAGAAGCCGUUUCCUUUAUAUGAUGAGUGUACAUCAUUGUAUGCGGGAAGUGUUGCUACUGGAGAUCUAAACUUCACAUCAACUGAGCACUUGCUGCCUGCUCCCGCUGCUCCCCUUGUUCCUACUGUUGGCCCAGCUGCUCCCGCUGCUCCAGUUGCUCCACCUGCUCCAGCUGCUCCACCUGCUCUCGCUGCUCCAGCUGCUCCAGCUGAGAGCACAGGUCUAUCUACUCCUUUUGAUGGGCUAGAUGUCUCAAGUGCACACAAUGAAGCUCAGUCUACAGGAGAAUCUAAUCAAGGAGUGAGUGGUGGGAGAAAGCGUAAGCAAAGUCUUGGUGCUGCUAUUGAUGGUUUUGUGCAGUUUAAGAUGACACAAACAAGUAAAACCAUGAAAGCUCUCGAAGAAAAGAAGAAACAAGACGAACAAUUUUCAGUUGACAAAUGUCUCGAUGAAGUUGAUACCAUGCAACUUACUGAUGUGGAAAAGGCAUAUGCUAUGAACAUCUUCAAAUCUGAGAUUGAUAGGGAGGUAUUCAUGAAAAUGAAAAACAAAAAUGUUCGCUUGAUUUGGCUCAAACAGCAAAUUAGUGCUAUCAGUGGAGGCAAUGUUGAUGGAGGCAAUAUUUGAUUUGAGAAGAAAAAGGUAGUUGUAGUCAUUGUAUCCAGUGCUCUUUGUGGAGGCAAUGCUGGAAGUGAUGUAUGAUUUUAGAAGAAAAAUGUCUAGCUUUAGUGCUUAUGUGAGAAGCUUAUGGAAAGGAGUUUCUUUUUUAUCGAACACUACCCAUGAAAAUGAAUUAAACCAUAUUCUUUUUUUAUUAUGUCUUAGAUAUCUAUAUGGUGAUCAUCUCUGAUUUGGUGAUGAAUGGAUUGGCUGAGUUGAUUUUGCCAUUUGGAACUAAUUUUCUAUAUAUUGGACUAUGUCAAAUAAUUAGUAUUGUGAUUUUCCAUGCUUUAUGCUCAUGAAAAUGUU